ACGCUGUGGUUUACUUCGGUGAAUGAAACGACUGUGAAAGUGGACUGAGCUCAGGGGAAAAAAAACCUAAACAGUGUUUGUAUAUUCUCAAAAGUUAACUUAACAACUAAGAACAAUGGAUGUCACAGCAGAGGCCAAGCAGAUUAUGGUCCAGGCGUUGAGUAAAAUGUACAGCUCGCGCACGCAGCGCGGUGGACUCCGUCUCCACCGGAGCCUGCUGUUGACGCUCGUCAUGAAAUCUGCAAGAGAUAUCUACCACUCUGCCCGGCUGACGAGCGAUAAAAACGGGCAAUUUGACACGCACGGUGUCACAGAGAGCGCAGCACAAGCAGAAGAGCCCAUGGACACAACGAGCUCCACGACUGCACCUCUGCGCUCGACUGAGACGCAGGCUACCGAGGACGAGCAGAAGUCCGGACUCGAGGGUCAUUCGCAUCUACACGACCCCGCAGGACUCGCGGUGGACAAAGAGAACUGCAACCCAGCCGGAACGGACCGUCACUCUAGAAAGCGACGGAGCAAAACAGCCACUGACCCCGACUUUCUGCCGUGCAAAAAAGCCAAACUGGAGUUCGUGGAGGUCAGAGGAAUUCUUCAGGCGACCCAGAGUAACUCCGCUAACUGCGGCAGGGCGCUGGACUCGCUGUCACUUGUGCCUAUGCCAAGAACUAUCGUCACGUUUUGAAAAAGACUAUAAGAGCAAUGGCACAACGCAGGGACAGUAGAGUGAACUUUGCGCACUACUGAGGGAAGUGAACCGUGGCGCGUAUCUGCCGCCGAGUUCCUCCUGGAGCAUUCAGGGCACUUGGCCGACGUGGAGAAGGAGUCUGUGAGUGAUUGCUCACAGUGGAACAAUGUGACAGCUGAUUACUCAUCGGAGAGAGGGUCGUUUGAAAUUUGUGACUAAUGGUGCUCGUUCAAACCACCGUGUUUCUCUUGACUCAUGGCGUGACGCGGUACUAUUACUUCUACAAGAGGUGUGACUGGGAGAACUUCCACGGAUAUUCAACAUUGAACAUUAUUGACUAUUUAUUUAUUGACCGAGAAUGGUUUCUGGUUGUUCUGUGUGUGUGGUUCGGACUGUAUUCGUCUAAGGUGCUGUCAGGAUUGUCCGGUCUUUACGCUGACUGGGAUUUUUUUGUGGGCUUUUUGCUGGAAAAUCCUUAAGCUGUUGUGAAACUUACUUACUGGUCCAAAUGUAACAGACCACCUCAAAGCAAACCAUUGUAGCCGGUCAGUCAGGUAACGACCAGGGAUUUUCCAGCAGCUCAACGUGACAUAAGCUACUAAAAACAGAGAGACAUCGCGAUGCUAUGAUGUAAAUCUACCUCACUUUUGUACAAUAAAAUAUUCUAAACCGUA